CAAUCUCCUUACAGUUGAUCUUAACCUAAACAGCAUUCGCCAGAAGUAUAUUGAAGAGACAAAUGAAAAUCUGAAGAAAAACAAGAUUAUUUACGGUAUAAAAAUGAAGCACAAACUUCGCCAGGACCACAAGUCCUUACUGAAGGAAUUCAGUACUGAUAUGCAUCCUCAGUUGCUGAAAGAGAUAGAGGAUGCCAAGCAAUACUGUUCCCACCUCAAGACUCAGGCUGAGGAAAUUAAAGAGUCUUCUAAAUAACAUGGAAGGCAAACUUGCCAAUGAGCUUGAAGAUCUCCAGGAAGAGUACGAACGACUUCAGAAAGUUAAUGAAAAGAAGGAUUUUGAGAUCCUAGAAGCUGAAGCUUCUGCCAGAAAAGUCAAGAGAACACAUGAGCAAGAGAUCAAGGAUUGGAAAGAAAAACUUGAAACCAAGCAAUUGGCAAUAGAAAGUCUCCAGAAAGCGGUCCAGAUGAAACAGAGGGAUCUCCAGAAGAAAAAGGACAAGUAUGAACUAGAGAUUGAUAAACUCAAGAUGUAUCUACCAGAUUCUUCAGAUUAAAGAUGUUUGUGGUACUCCUUACAUCUGUAAUCAGAGAGGAUCACCAAUUUCACGCACAGGUAAUAUAAAAAGUUGU